CAAAUCAAGCUUCUGCGACCGACGUAAAAAUGGGCAGUACAAUGACUUUUGCAGCAUCUGGAUCACCACACAUCUCCAAUUCAACUGGCAUUCGCGGCCACUAUGCAACACCAUCCACUGAUGCUUCAUCGAGCAAUAUGAACCGCAACAACACUGCUAUCAAUAAGCCAGUCAAACACGCCAAGAUUCUUGACGUAACACGAGGACCUGGAUCGGGUGUAAAGUCCUUUAUAUAUACCAUUCAGAUUACAUAUGUUGGAUUACCAACAGAUCAAGUCAAGAUUGUACCACAUAGUUUUGACUCAUUUUUUGAUUUGCAUUUACAGCUUGUUGGACAUUUCCCAGAAGCGGCAGGAAUCACUACUGGUGCAGAGAUCAUUCGAGCUAGCAGUAGUACAGGUGGUGUAGUGAGUGGAUCUAAACCGGAUGCACCGAGAAUUCUACCUCAACUUCCUGGACAAAUGAUGUUUGUAAGUGAAGCUGUAGCGACUGGUCGUAUUCCUCAGCUACAAAACUACUUGGAUGUUUUGCUAUCGCUUCCACCAAAGAUAUCGCGAUCUCCAGUAGUUCUUAAAUUCUUUAGAUAACCUUCAAAUACUAUCUAAUCUGGCCAAGCAAGAGAUUGACUAGACGUCUUAUUAAACUACAAAAUAUAUCAAGAAUCCCUUU